CGCCUAUUGCUAUGCCACCAUGCUGGGAUUCAUCUGUUUUGGCAUCAAGGGCAAUCGAGCGGAUGGCUGCCUGGUUGCCCGGAAUCGCUACUGGUACAAGUGGUUCUGUCUGCUGUCGCGUAUCUUCAUCUGUGGCAUUUAUGCCAGCAUUAGCCUUGAUUAUAUCAAGAGACUGGAUAAUCCGCAUUUGGUGAUACUCUCGUGGAUCCGGCUGGUCUGCAGUCUGAUCUGCGCCUGCGUCAUACUGCUAAUGCAGUUCUGGUUUGGCCAGCAGGUGUUGUGCGUGGUCAACAGCUAUUUCCGGCUGUUCCGAAAGGUAAACGCGCUGCCCGGCUGCCAGGAUCAGGGCUUCGGUGGCAAGCGCGAGCUCAGUCUACUGAUCUUCAAGCUGAUUUGCCUGCUGAACGAGCUCUUCUGCGAGUUACCCAUGUUCUUUACCGAUCUCAAUCUGCGACUCUUUGCCACCCUGCUCGUGGAUAUCUACAUCAGCGUGAAUUCCACCAUGAUCGGACACAUGUGCUUUGUGGGCUACCUCAGCGUGGGCGCCCUCUACGCCCGCGUCAACCGUUAUGUGCGCCAGCAGCUGCGGCGCCAGCUGCGCAGCCUGGAGCAGCACGAUGGCUACCAGGCCAGUCGGCGGCAGCUGAGAGCCGCCGGCUACCGGCUGGACGAGUGUCUGGGCAUCUACGAUGAGAUUCAGCGUGUGGGCAUCGCCUUUCAUCGCCUCAUAGAGCUGCCGCUGUGCCUCAUUCUGCUCUUCGCCUUCCUCAGCAUGACCCUGGUCUCCUACUUCAUCAUGUUGAACAGAUUCCGUGAUGCCACCCUCUGGCUGCUUGUGGUCAGACUCUUCGUCGACGUGGUCCUGCUGACACUGGCCAUUCAUGGAGCCAGCAGCAGCUCGCGAGUGAUUCGCAGGCUCAGCCUGGAGAAUUGCUACGUGAGUGAACGCAACGAUUGGGACAUGAAGCUGGAGAUGUUCUUGAGUCGCUUGAAUUUUUACGAGUUUCGAGUACGUCCAUUCGGACUCUUUGAGAUAUCCAACGAGCUGAUAUUGGUCUUUCUGUCCGGCCUGGUCACGUAUCUCACCUACAUAUUGCAGUAUGGCAUGCAAACGAAUCAGAUUUGA